CACACAUUGGCCGACAGCUGGGCGGUACAGAUGUGUUUACUAAAGCUGAGGGGUUGCUACUCUCGCGUAAUCGCAGUCGAUGGACUAGGUGAAACGCACAUGUUGCACAAGUUCGCCCCGUGUGCAGAGACUGAAAAAGCUGAUUUGCCGGUAGUGUGAUGGGGGAAAGUGAGUGAGAAAGACUGCAGUGCCAGGUGCUCAUGGAGCGGCACCCGGCUGUGGUGUGGACCUUCCUGCUGGGGGCCGGACUCGCACUGGUCCUCCCUCCAGCUUUGUCCAUUACAACCUCCAAGGCCUUCCCCCGACCUCUGCAGCUAAUUAGGUGUGUGUUCCUGAAUCGCGCCAACAUCACCUGCCAUUGGGAACCUGGAGACACCCCAGCGACUCACUACACUCUUCGGAUUCAGAGGAUGCCUGGAGCUGUGCUCUUAGCAGCAAACAGCUCUCUGAAGACGUUCACCUGCACCACGUCUAACACCAGCUGCACGGCGGGAAUCGGCAGCUCUUCCGUGAGGUUUACGUUUUGCAUCACCGUCACAGCACACAGUCGCAGCCGGGACAUAUCGUCCAGUCCUCGGUGUCAGCCUGGUAGGAUCGAAGUGAUGUUGCCUCCAGCCAUUUUGAACAGCGUGAAGUCAGUCAAAGGGACUCCUCGGUGUCUGAAUGUAAUCUGGAGCCGCACCUUGUCUGUAUUCCCUGUGUCUGACUCGGAAAUCAAAGCCGGAAAACUGAAUUCCCAAAUUGAGGUCACAACACUGGGGCAGCUCGAUCUUAAGGUCAAAAAUGUGACAGUGGAAGACUACAGCUUCCUGGUUUGUCUCUUCAGACCCGACACUUCAUACACCGUCAGGCUCCGUCACCGUUACCUGGGUCCAGAGAGCCCCUGGAGCCCGUGGAGCAACGCACGCCAGGGAAGGACAGCAGAGGACGCUCCAUCAGCAGCACCGGCAUUCUGGAGGCGAGUGGAACAAGCUGACAAGAAUGGGUUGAGACUCGUCUCACUGCUUUGGAAGCCCUUGCCUCACUUUCUGGCCAAUGGCAGAAGUCUUUUCUAUAAUGUGACUUGUCAGACAGAAAGCGCUCAAAUUUUGAACGAUCAUGGGAGCUGCAGAGAUUUGCACCAUACAAGAACAUCCUGCACGUUGCUCCUUCCCACUGAACGCUGCUCCUGUGCUCUAACGGCCUCCAACUCCGCAGGGACCUCUCCUGAAGCCCAAAUAUGGCUCCUUGGAGCCUCUGAGACAGAGCCACCCUCCCCCAGCCAAAUCACUGCAAGUCCGCUGGAUGAUAACAGCUUUGAUGUUAGCUGGACGGCUCCAGUUGAUCAGUCAGUGAGCGGCUUUGUCGUGGAGUGGUUUGUUGUCCGAGAGAAAAACAGCAGCAUCCGACACUGGGAAAAGUUGAAUAGUUCCUGUACGUCACUUGUCAUCACAGAGGGAGUAAAGCCGAUGGAGCGUUAUGCUGUUUCUGUCAAAGUGCUGUAUGGUGAGCGAGGACCAGGGAAGAACAGGACGCUUCACAUUUAUACACGCCAAGGAGCACCCUCAGCUGGUCCUAAUGUGGAGGUGCAGCAGAUCUCCAGAGGCACAGUGGAGCUCAGCUGGAGGCCUGUGCCUGUGGAGCUGCUUCGUGGUUUCAUCCGCAACUACACACUGUUCUACACCGCCGCAAACCAACCAGCCAGGAGUGUGUUUGUGCCUGGUCAUGUUCACCGUUACUCCCUGGAGAACCUGUCACCUGGUAACUAUUACAUCUUCAUGCAGGCCAACACCGACGCUGGCACUGGAGCAGCUGGGAGAAUGGUUAAUGUGCACAUAGGCUCUGAAGAGAUCUCCAUAGUGAUGUGUGUUGUCCUUCCUCUCAUACUGACUUUAAUGGUGCUGGCACUGAUGGCCUGCCUGGCGCAGAAUAACAUGGUGAAACAGAAGCUGUGUCAAUUUGUUCCCGAUCCUUCCAACAGCAGUCUGGCCCACUGGAAACCAAAAACCACCUUGGAGAGUAUGAAGCCGCUUCCAGUGCUAGAGAAGCCUGAAAUUAAAAAUUCUGAAGUUAUUUUGCUUGGUGAAAGCAAGCUGCAGAACAACGGCCCAGAUCAGGCCACCAGCUACCAGAGCAUCUGUAAUCUAGAAACAUAUUACUCUCACAGGUACUCUCCACCCCCAGUUUCAGGAUCUCAGACACCUCAAAAUACCAGGACAUCAGAGAGGAAGUUCAACAGGAGUCCAGUCAGAGCCAAGACAACCUCCAACACUGAUCUCUCCUCCUGCCCCUCCAUCUACUCCAGCGUUGUCUUCUCACAGACACUCAAAAAUCCUCCAGCACCCAUCUGGUCCCCUUCUAAUCACCAGCUCAAUGAGUGGCAACGCAGCGCUGUCAGCGUUAGUGAUGUUAAGCUGCAGCUGGCUGGAGCCAGUGAGCCGCCUGAGGGCAGGAGGGCAGGAGGACAGCAAAAGGGCCACAGCACCACAAGCUUAGAUUCACCUCGUUCUCCAACAGAUGAACUGAAGACCUCCCAUAUUUUACCAAAAAACCAUCAAAGUCCCGUUUCCUUCUCAGAUGUCAGCAUUGUGUCUCCAUCCUCUUUCUCACUUUCUCACCCACCUGAGGUCAGUUCACCCAAACACCUUUUGUCUCAAUGGGGCAUCAACUUGGUCCCGUCGUUCCAGCCGAGCAUCUUCACUAACCCCAAUUCUCCUUCUGCCAAUUCUUCAUCUCUUCUUCCACCUGUUUUUGUGGAUUUCUCCUACUGUCCUGUGGAGUGUGACCCUUACAUCUCCCCUAGUUGAGUUAUUAUAUUUUUGUAUGUGUUUGAGCCACUAUGAAGGUGUCUUCAUGUGUUUUUCACAUUGUGCUACUAUACAUGGUUGAUGUAUGGUUGAGCCAUCACUUGAAUACUGAGGAAUGUAAAUAACAAAGCACUGGCUUCAACAUUUUCUUCUGUAUAUUCUGUUUACACUGAUAUUUGAGAUGCAUGUUUAAUUUCUCUUUAUUCGGAGAAUAUUUAUAUUUAUGAAUGUGCUAUUGUAUAGAUAAAAGAAGCUGACAGCUUUAGUGUUGGGAUGUCUGGGGUUGUAACGUAUCUGUGAAUUUUCAAAGGGUCAGAAAAAAAAGAGGACUUUGAUGUAACUAAAACAACACUGCAAACAAAGACUUAUUAGAUUGUGUGCCAGUUAGCACCAUUUCCCAGUAUUUCCCAUCCUCCUGUGUACUUUAUAUCUGUUAUUUACCUUGUGGUCAGCGGCAGAUGCUUCUCUUUGUUGUUGCAGUUUAUUAUCUUGCCCUUGAGAUAUUACUUUUGUUUCUGUUGUGUAUUUGUAGUUCUGACAGGGACUUUCUGGCCUUUAGAGUUCUGUUAGUUGGCUCAUGUUCCUUUGACAAUCCACAUACCUCAGAUUCAGACUUCUUUUAUCAUUAAAAAGCUACUAACUAGUAUUCAGUCUUACAAUGAGCCACUUUCAGCCAAGCAGAUUACUAUACAAUACCAUGUGCCUCAAACUGUGGCAGCUACAUGGAAUUCAGCCGUCAUGUUUAAUACUUACACCUGUGUUUUUUCCCACAGUGAUGAGUCAAAAUGUGAAAAAGAGGUACAGAUAAAAUGAAAUGUUAGAUAUUAUAAAAAUUAAAAUAC